CGAUAUAAGGGGUCUGAGAGCUGACACAAGUAGUAGAGUGUGUGCUUGACCCACCCUCACACCCAUCCUCGCACCCACCAUGGCAUGGAGUAUGUCUACACUCUGUGCUCUGGCCCUGGCUUUGACCUGUGGCUUACAGGUGAACACAGCAUGGGUGCACCAGAGCAACCACGUCGGCAGCAUUUGUAGCAUGUGGGGAAAUUUCCACUUUAAGAUGUUUGAUGGAGAUGUCUACCAGUUUCAAGGCACUUGUGAAUAUAAUCUAGUCUCUGACUGCCACGGACCUGUGCAGGGUUUCUCUGUGCAUGUGAAAAGAUCAGGGACACCUGGGAUCUCAAAAAUCACCAGAGUGCUGGUCACUAUUGGAGGCAUAGCCUUUGAGCUCACCAAGAACAUAGUUAUGGUCAACAAUGACAUUGUUAAACUGCCACACUACGUAGCUGGCGUGUUGCUUGAAGAAAACUCCAUCUACAUUAAACUUUAUGCCAAACUGGGUCUCAGUGUCACAUGGAAUAAAGAUGAUGCUGUCAUGCUGGAACUGGACAGUAAGUAUGCUAACCGUACCUGUGGACUUUGUGGUGAUUACAACGGGGCUCCUGUGGUUAAUGAGUUCCUUAGUGAUGGUUAUGUGAUUGGCUUCACUGAGUUCGCCAACAGACACAGGAUCCACAGCCCCAUUGAGGACUGCGAGGACCCUUAUGAAGAAUUUGAAAAUGAAGAUAAAUCGGUGGACAAGUGCCAGUUAUUUCGAGAAGACUGUUCCGAGCUGCUGCUGGAUGAAUCCUGGUCCUUCUGUAGGAACGUUUUGAGUCCAGAGCCUUAUAUUCAAUCCUGCAUGCUGGACACGUGUGCUAGUGGCCCAGGAGACACAGAUGACAGCACAUUUUUCUGCAGCACCCUGUCUGAGUACUCACGUCAGUGCUCCCAUGCAGGGGGAAAGCCACCCAACUGGAGAACACCAACCUUUUGUGCUAUGACUUGCCCCUUUAACAUGGAGUACUCUGAAAGCGGCUCUCCUUGUCUGGACACGUGCACAAACACAGACACCAGCUCAUUGUGCGCGGAACACAAGAUGGAUGGCUGCUUCUGUCCACCUGGUACCGUUUUUGAUGAUAUCUCUGAGAGAGGCUGUAUCCCUCAGGAACAGUGCCAGUGUAAGCACAUCAAGGUGUACAACACUGGAGAGGUUCUGCUCAAGAAUGAUGAAGAAUGUGUGUGUCAACAAGGAAGGUGGAUCUGCGAGAGUCUGUUACUCCCAGGUGUGUGUGCUAUAGAAGAGGGUUCCCACUUCACUACUUUUGAUGGCAAAGAAUUUACCUUUCAUGGGAGAUGCAGUUAUGUUCUUUCCAAGGACUGUGUGGACUCAAAAUUCAUCAUUCUGGGACAGCUUAUCCCUUGUGUUUACCAUCAUACAGACACUUGCCUGAAAUCAAUUGUAUUAAUUCUCAACAAUGACAAGAAUAAUGCCAUACUCAUCAAAGAUGAUGGUAUAAUAAGGCAUAAUGGAGAUAUAAAACUCCCAUACACCACUGCUGAUUUCACCAUAUUCAGACCGUCAUCCUUCUACAUCAUGUUGCAGACAACUUUCGGGCUUCAUCUUUAUGUGCAGCUGGUUCCGGUCAUGCAGCUCUACAUCACUCUGGAUCAGAGUUUUCAGGCCAACACCUGUGGUCUGUGUGGAAACUUCAACAAGGUGCUGUACGAUGAACUGAUGACCCCACAGGGUGUAGUUGAAGGGACAGCUACAUCCUUUGCAAAUUCCUGGAAGGCUCAGUCCAACUGUCCUGACCAGAUAGAGAGACUUGAUGACCCCUGCAGCUACAGCAUAGACAGUGAGAGCUAUGCAGAGCACUGGUGCUCUAAACUAAAGGACAAGGAAGUUUUUGGUGAAUGCCAUUCUACUGUUAACCCAGAAAGCUACUACAAGAGGUGUAAAUAUUCAAGCUGCACGUGUGAGAAGAGCGAGGAUUGUUUGUGUGCUGUCUUCUCCUCCUACGUUCGGGCAUGCAGAGCCAAGGGGGUGUUCCUGAAAAGCUGGAGAGACACAGUGUGUGAGAAAUACACUGAAAGCUGCCCAGCUACUCAGACUUUCAGCUACAAUGUUCAGCAAUGCCAGCAAACAUGUGAUUCCCUUAGCCUGGAACGUCAAGGGUGCAGCACCGACUAUGUGCCCGUGGAUGGGUGUGCCUGUCCAGCAGGGCUCUAUGAGAGUGUGAAUGGUGUGUGUGUGACCAUGGAUAAAUGUCCCUGCUAUCACAAUGGAGAGUACUUUAAACCUGGCAAGUCAAUCAACAUAAAAAAUGAUCACUGUAUUUGUACAAAUGGAAAGCUUCAGUGCCAGUCUUGGAGGUCUCGUAUGACAGGCUGCCCUGCUCCAAAGGUCUUCUUUAACUGCAGUACAGCAGGGCCAGAUGAGCAUGGGAUAGAGUGUGCACAAACAUGCGCACAAAAGAACGUUGAUUGUUAUCCCACAGGAUGUGAGUCAGGAUGUAAAUGUCCCGAAGACCUGCUUGAUGAUGGUCGUGGUUUCUGUGUUAAGGAGCAUGACUGCCCAUGCAAACAUGACAAUCACUUUUAUGCUCCAGGUUCUGAAAUAACGGAAGAAUGUAACAAAUGUAUUUGCAAACGUGGCGAGUGGGACUGCACCAAGAACAAAUGUCCUGGCACUUGCACCAUCUAUGGCAGUGGACAUUACAACACAUUCGAUAAGCAAAGAUUUGGUUUCGGUGGCUACUGUAGUUACAUAGCUCUCCAGAACAACUGUGGAAAUCAGACGAAAACCUUUCAUGUGAUCACAGAGAACGUGCCAUGCGGGACAACAGGGACCACUUGUUCCAAAGCUGUUCGGGUUAUAUUAGGAAGAACAGUGCUGGAGUUGAGGGAUGGCAAAAUGACAGAAAAAAAAGCAGAAACUGGUCUAUCUAUUAAGUUCAAUGUGAGAUAUGUGGGUCUUUACCUGGUCAUUGACUCUGAAAUCGGUCUAACAGUGUUGUGGGACUUUAAAACAACAGUCCGCAUCAUUCUCCAACCCUAUCAUAUGGGCGAGGUUUGCGGCUUGUGCGGAAACUUCAACGGAAAUGGCCAAGAUGACUUCACCACUCAAGACUCACUGCAAGUUUCUGAUGUGCUGGAGUUUGUAAACAGCUGGAAACUAGACAGCAGUUGCCCAAAUGCUAACCCAGACUUUGAUCCGUGUACUCAAGCACAGAACCGGCACAAUUGGGCAAAACUUCAGUGCAGCAUCAUUAAAUCGGACACUUUCAAAGAGUGCCACGAUAAGGUGGAGUGGACCCCAUAUUAUGAAAACUGUGUAAAAGACUCAUGUGCAUGUGACACCGGUGGAGACUGUGAGUGUUUCUGCACUGCUGUAGCUGCUUAUGCACAAGCCUGUAAUGAAGCAAAGGUCUGUGUGGCCUGGAGAACUCCAGAGAUCUGUCCUGUGUUCUGUGACUACUACAAUCACCUGAAUGAAUGCAUAUGGCACUACAGUCCCUGUGAAACACCUUGCUACAAAACUUGUCUCAACCCAACCGGCAUAUGCACUAAUCCCUUACCGCACCUAGAGGGAUGUUAUCCUAAAUGUCCUGAGGACAAGCCCAUUUUUGAUGAGAAGAAUCAGGUUUGCGUUGAGGAAUGUCCAGGAUGCUUUAUUAAUGGAACAGAGUAUACGCCUGGGGAGGAAAUACCAACUAAAAUACCAUGCAAUUUCUGUUAUUGUCACGAAAAUGGAUCUGAAAUAUGUUUCCUCAGACCUGGUUGCUGCUUUUACAAUGGAACAGAAUAUAAUGACAAUGAUGUCAUAUACAAUGUAACAGACAACAUGGGAACAUGCUACUAUGCUAUAUGCAUAAAUAACACUGUCAACAAUGGCAGCUAUCCCUGUGAAGGUUACAUCACACCAACAACAACUGAAAUAUCAACAGUAACAACACCAGCACCAACAACAACUCCAGUAUAUACAACUGCUACAGUAACAACAACAGUAACACAUCCAACUACAAUGAGCAGUACUACAGUCAGUGAAAGUACAGAAUGUAUUAUAUGUGAAUGGACUACCUGGAUCAAUGUGUAUGACCCAGUGACAGGAGGGUGGGAUGAUUUAGAAACAUAUGAAAAUAUCAAGAACAGUGAACAUAAGAUAUGUAAACAACCAGAAGACAUUGAGUGCAGAAAUGUACAAAAUCCUGAUAUGUCUCUGGAGGACUUUGUACAAAGUACAGGUCAGGUUGUGCAGUGCAAUGUUUCAUUUGGUUUAGUGUGUGAAAAGAGGCAACAGACAGUUCGCCCAUACAAAUGUUUUGAUUAUGAAAUUAGAGUACUUUGUUGUGGAGAAUGUGGAACAACCACUAGUCCAGGAACAGUAACUACAACUCCAUCUACUACAUCUAUUACAACAGCUGAAACCAGUACAACACCUAAAACUGUGCCAACAUCUACAACUGGAAAAACUACCAAACCAACAACUACUCCGUUAACUACAACUGAAUCAACAACAUCACAACAAACAGUAACUACAUCUCCAUCUACUACAUCUACUACAACACCUGAAACCAGUACAACACCUAAAACUGUGCCAACAUCUACAACUGGAAAAACUACCAAACCAACAACUUCUCCAUUAACUACAACAGAAUCAACAACAUCACAACAAACAGUAACUACAACUCCAUCUACUAUAUCUAUUACAACAGCUGAAACCAGUACAACACCUAAAACUGUGCCAACAUCUACAACUGGAAAAACUACCAAACCAACAACUACUCCGUUAACUACAACUGAAUCAACAACAUCACAACAAACAGUAACUACAUCUCCAUCUACUAUAUCUACUACAACAGCUGAAACCAGUACAACACCUGUAACUGUGCCAACAUCUACAACUGGAAAAACUACCAAACCAACAACUACUCCAUUAACUACAACUGAAUCAACAACAUCACAACAAACAGUAACUACAUCUCCAUCUACUAUAUCUAUUACAACAGCUGAAACCAGUACAACACCUAAAACUGUGCCAACAUCUACAACUGGAAAAACUACCAAACCAACAACUACUCCAUUAACUGCACCUGAAUCAACAACAUCACAACAAACAGUAACUACAUCUCCAUCUACUAUAUCUAUUACAACGGCUGAAACCAGUACGACACCUAAAACUGUGCCAACAUCUACAACUGGAAAAACUACCAAACCAACAACUACUCCAUUAACUGCACCUGAAUCAACAACAUCACAACAAACAGUAACUACAUCUCCAUCUACUAUAUCUAUUACAACGGCUGAAACCAGUACGACACCUAAAACUGUGCCAACAUCUACAACUGGAAAAACUACCAAACCAACAACUACUCCGUUAACUACAACUGAAUCAACAACAUCACAACAAACAGUAACUACAUCUCCAUCUACUAUAUCUACUACAACAGCUGAAACCAGUACAACACCUGAAACUGUGCCAACAUCUACAACUGGAAAAACUAACAAACCAACAACUACUCUGUUAACUACAACUGAAUCAACAACAUCACAACAAACAGUAACAACAGUAACACAUCCAACUACAAUGAGCAGUACUACAGUCAGUGAAAGUACAGAAUGUAUUAUAUGUGAAUGGACUACCUGGAUCAAUGUGUAUGACCCAGUGACAGGAGGGUGGGAUGAUUUAGAAACAUAUGAAAAUAUCAUGAACAGUGGACAUAAGAUAUGUAAACAACCAGAAGACAUAAAGUGCAGAAAUGUACAAAAUCCUGAUAUGUCUCUGGAGGACUUUGUACAAAGUACAGGUCAGGUUGUGCAGUGCAAUGUUUCAUUUGGUUUAGUGUGUGAAAAGAGGCAACAGACAGUUCGCCCAUACAAAUGUUUUGAUUAUGAAAUUAGAGUACUUUGUUGUGGAGAAUGUGGAACAACCACUAGUCCAGGAACAGUAACUACAACUCCAUCUACUAUAUCUAUUACAACAGCUGAAACCAGUACAACACCUAAAACUGUGCCAACAUCUACAACUGGAAAAACUACCAAACCAACAACUACUCCGUUAACUACAACUGAAUCAACAACAUCACAACAAACAGUAACUACAUCUCCAUCUACUAUAUCUACUACAACAGCUGAAACCAGUACAACACCUAAAACUGUGCCAACAUCUUCCUCUGGAACAACAACCAAACCAGCAACUACUACAGAUAUAACAGCUGUGACAGGGCCUACACCAACGAAAAGUCCUCAACACAAUUUAACAACCACACCUGAAAGUGAGCAAACAUCUACAACUGAAAAACCUACCAAACCAACAACAUCACAUACAGUAACAACAACUCUACCUACUGUAUCUACUACAACAGCUGAAACCAGUACAACACCUAAAACUGUGCCAACAUCUACAACUGGAAAAACUACCAAACCAACAACUACUCCAUUAACUACAACUGAAUCAACAACAUCACAACAAACAGUAACUACAUCUCCAUCUACUAUAUCUAUUACAACAGCUGAAACCAGUACAACACCUAAAACUGUGCCAACAUCUACAAUUGGAAAAACUACCAAACCAACAACUACUCCAUCAACUACAACUGAAUCAACAACAUCACAACAAACAGUAACUACAUCUCCAUCUACUAUAUCUAUUACAACAGCUGAAACCAGUACAACACCUAAAACUGUGCCAACAUCUACAACUGGAAAAACUACCAAACCAAGAACUACUCCAUUAACUACAACUGAAUCAACAACAUCACAACAAACAGUAACUACAACUCCAUCUACUAUAUCUACUACAACAGCUGAAACCAGUACGACACCUAAAACUGUGCCAACAUCUACAACUGGAAAAACUACCAAACCAACAACUACUCCAUUAACUACAACUGAAUCAACAACAUCACAACAAACAGUAACUCCAUCUCCAUCUACUAUAUCUAUUACAACGGCUGAAACCAGUACGACACCUAAAACUGUGCCAACAUCUACAACUGGAAAAACUACCAAACCAACAACUACUCCGUUAACUACAACUGAAUCAACAACAUCACAACAAACAGUAACUACAUCUCCAUCUACUAUAUCUACUAAAACAGCUGAAACCAGUACAACACCUAAAACUGUGCCAACAUCUACAACUGGAAAAACUACCAAACCAAGAACUACUCCAUUAACUACAACUGAAUCAACAACAUCACAACAAACAGUAACUACAUCUCCAUCUACUAUAUCUAUUACAACGGCUGAAACCAGUACGACACCUAAAACUGUGCCAACAUCUACAACUGGAAAAACUACCAAACCAACAACUACUCCGUUAACUACAACUGAAUCAACAACAUCACAACAAACAGUAACUACAUCUCCAUCUACUAUAUCUACUACAACAGCUGAAACCAGUACGACACCUAAAACUGUGCCAACAUCUACAACUGGAAAAACUACCAAACCAACAACUACUCCGUUAACUACAACUGAAUCAACAACAUCACAACAAACAGUAACUACAUCUCCAUCUACUACAUCUAUUACAACAGCUGAAACCAGUACGACACCUAAAACUGUGCCAACAUCUACAACUGGAAAAACUACCAAACCAACAACUACUCCGUUAACUACAACUGAAUCAACAACAUCACAACAAACAGUAACUACAUCUCCAUCUACUAUAUCUACUAAAACGGCUGAAACCAGUACGACACCUAAAACUGUGCCAACAUCUACAACUGGAAAAACUACCAAACCAACAACUACUCCAUUAACUGCACCUGAAUCAACAACAUCACAACAAACAGUAACUACAUCUCCAUCUACUAUAUCUAUUACAACGGCUGAAACCAGUACGACACCUAAAACUGUGCCAACAUCUACAACUGGAAAAACUACCAAACCAACAACUACUCCGUUAACUACAACUGAAUCAACAACAUCACAACAAACAGUAACUACAUCUCCAUCUACUAUAUCUACUACAACAGCUGAAACCAGUACGACACCUAAAACUGUGCCAACAUCUACAACUGGAAAAACUACCAAACCAACAACUACUCCGUUAACUACAACUGAAUCAACAACAUCACAACAAACAGUAACUACAUCUCCAUCUACUACAUCUAUUACAACAGCUGAAACCAGUACGACACCUAAAACUGUGCCAACAUCUACAACUGGAAAAACUACCAAACCAACAACUACUCCGUUAACUACAACUGAAUCAACAACAUCACAACAAACAGUAACUACAUCUCCAUCUACUAUAUCUACUAAAACGGCUGAAACCAGUACGACACCUAAAACUGUGCCAACAUCUACAACUGGAAAAACUACCAAACCAACAACUACUCCGUUAACUACAACUCAAUCAACAACAUCACAACAAACAGUAACUACAUCUCCAUCUACUAUAUCUACUAAAACAGCUGAAACCAGUACGACACCUAAAACUGUGCCAACAUCUACAACUGGAAAAACUACCAAACCAACAACUACUCCGUUAACUACAACUGAAUCAACAACAUCACAACAAACAGUAACUACAUCUCCAUCUACUAUAUCUACUAAAACAGCUGAAACCAGUACAACACCUAAAACUGUGCCAACAUCUACAACUGGAAAAACUACCAAACCAACAACUACUCCGUUAACUACAACUGAAUCAACAACAUCACAACAAACAGUAACUACAUCUCCAUCUACUAUAUCUAUUACAACGGCUGAAACCAGUACGACACCUAAAACUGUGCCAACAUCUACAACUGGAAAAACUACCAAACCAACAACUACUCCGUUAACUACAACUGAAUCAACAACAUCACAACAAACAGUAACUACAUCUCCAUCUACUAUAUCUACUACAACAGCUGAAACCAGUACAACACCUAAAACUGUGCCAACAUCUACAACUGGAAAAACUACCAAACCAACAACUACUCCGUUAACUACAACUGAAUCAACAACAUCACAACAAACAGUAACUACAACUCCAUCUACCAUAUCUACUACAACAGCUGAAACCAGUACAACACCUGAAACUGUGCCAACAUCUACAACUGGAAAAACUACCAAACCAACAACUACUCCAGUAGUUUCAACUACACCCACAUCUAUUCCCACAACCACAGAGUGUUUCUGCAUAAUAAAUGGAGUGCAAUAUGAACCAGGAAAACCAAUAUUUGAAGACAAAGACAUUGGCUCAGGUGUAUGUUUGUCCAUGUUCUGUUCUGAUAGUUGUCUAAUACUUAACACAACAAGACCAUGCCCAACAACAGCAACACCAACACCAACACCACCACCGAAAAACUGCACAGAAUGGGGAGUAGAAGAAAAUGAGAUAUUUGAGAUCUGUAACUGCACAUUGGCCAGGUGCAUUGAAAACAAUACGGUUGAGAUCAUCCCAUACGAAUGUCCACCUCUUCAAAACAUCACUUGUUCAAACGGCAAACAACCUGUACUGGUGCCGGACGAGUAUCACUGCUGUGAACAGUAUGCUUGUGACUGCUUUUGUGAAGGAUGGGGAGAUCCUCACUACAUAACAUUUGAUGGACGGUUCUAUAGUCAUCAAGGAGAAUGCACAUAUGUUUUAAUGGAGGAAAUCAGUCAUAAACACCACUUGAAAAUUUACAUUGAUAACGUCAAUUGUGACCCUCGAGAAUCUGUGUCCUGCCCGAGAUCUAUCAUCGUGUCCUACCACAAUAGAGCGAUCACACUGAAAAACCACAACCUUUUAGGGGCUGCCAAGCUGGAGGCUUUAAUGGGGAAUUCUUCUCUGAAAUUACCAUUUGAAGAAAAAGGCCUGAGGGUGAUGAGCUCAGGGUUGACCUUAAUCCUGCAGAUUCCAAAGCUAAAUGUUGUGGUUAUGUUUGGAGUCACUGGUUUCAGCGUAAACUUGCCGUUCGAGUAUUUUGGGAACAACACCCAAGGACACUGUGGUACCUGCAACAACAACAAGGCUGAUGACUGCAGGCUACCUGAUGGGAAACUUGUAGAUGACUGUGCAGUAAUGGCAAACUCUUGGCAAGCUACAGACCUGAACAACCCUGACUGCAAACCACCACCAGUGGAGCCAGAAACAGUUGCACCCACAAAAGCUCCUUGUCCGAUCAAUGCAGUAUGUGAGCUUCUUAAGAGCGAUUUGUUUAAGGAGUGUCAUCCCCACGUCUCCCCACAAAACUACUUCUCAGGCUGCCAGUUUGACAGUUGUCACAUGAGCAACCCAACUGCGGUCUGCACGAGUGCUCGGACCUAUGCAGUAGCUUGCUCUCAGGCUGGUGUCUGUAUAAACUGGAGGGACCACACUGAUAUAUGCACUGCCAAAUGUCCAGCAGAUAAAAUUUACCUACCUUGUGGACCUGCUGAUCCUCCAACCUGCAAAGACAAGCCUGAUGACCAGUUCAUGAACGUGACUACUGAGGGUUGUUUCUGUCCUAAUGGCACAAAGCUCUUCAGUAAGGAGUCAGAAGUGUGUGUUGACAAGUGUGGAUGCCUGGACCCCGAUGGUCAAGGACGCGAGUUUGGAGAGAAGUUCCAGUACGGUUGCCAGGAUUGUGUGUGUGAUGAGUCGUCAGUGUCCAUCAACUGCAAACCAAGGCAGUGUUCAAAUGACAGCAACCAACUGACUUGCAGCGAUCCAGGAUUUAUUGUGGCCAAUGUGACGGAUCCAUCGGAUGCCUGUUGCACUAUCCUUACCUGCAGCUGUGAGAGCAGCACCUGCCCCAGUGUAAAUGCCAAGUGUUCGCCUGGCUACACUCCUGUAUUCAAAGUGCCUGAAGGAAAAUGCUGUGCUGAAUACACAUGUGAGCCAAAGAGUGUCUGUGUCCAUAAAGGUCUAGAGUAUGAGCCUGGUACUUCAAUCCCUGUGAUCGACUGCCAGGAGUGUCGCUGUACCCAGGAUGUGGAUCCGAAUACACAACUGUAUAGGGUCCAGUGUGGAAUGGUGACUUGCAAUGAACAGUGUGGCCCAGGAUAUAGCUAUGUCGAAUCAGACACUAAGGAAUGCUGUGGAAAAUGUGUAAAGACAAAAUGUGUCCUUAACUACAACGGCACAGUACAGAUAUUGGAGAAUGGUGCAGAAUGGACUCCUUCAAAUGAUGCAUGUGACAAAUUCGUCUGCAUAAUGACUAAUGGAGAAUAUGUUACUACAAACUAUAAGAUCCAGUGCCCACCAUUCAACAUCAGUAAUUGCCAGCCGGGAACCGUGCAACUUUCUUCUAAUCGCUGCUGCCAAGUCUGUGUGGAUAUGGACAGUGGAUGUAAAGUACAGACCAGUUUCGAUUACAUUACUCAUGACAACUGCCGGUCAAAGACUACAGUGGAACAAACACACUGUGAGGGACACUGUGACAGCUACAGCAAGUACACUGAGUUAGGCUCAUCAACUUGUAGCUGUUGCCAAGCCAGUCGCACCAGUAAGCAGACAGUGAGUCUGGACUGCGAGAACGGAGAUACAAUAAACCACACCUACCUCCAUGUUGAGGCGUGCAGCUGUGACCAGACUAAAUGUCUUGGAAAGAGUCAGAGCACACCGACUCACACGGAAGAUACUCGCCGCAGACGCAGCUUCAGACUCCCAUAAAGAUGUACCUUAACGAUAUCAUACACACAGCAGUCACGAAGAUCUCCAUAUUUUUUUUCCAUAUUUAGGAAAAAUUUCACACGCUUUAUGAUCAUGAUUACUUUUUCAACGAUGUUAUUAUAGGACCAAAUCGCUUUGCUUUUAAUUCAAAUAUAUAUGUAGCUGUUUAAAUAAAGUGCAAUUUAAAAGUC